AUGUCUACCCCUGCAAAGCGGCACUGCUGCGGCCUUGUCAGCUCCCUCGACUCUAGCUUCCAGAAACGCCUUAAGAAGAUUUCCAUCGAGGGGAACAUCGCCGCAGGAAAGUCAACAUUUGUCAGGCUACUAGAGAAACACAGUGAUGAGUGGGAGGUCAUCCCUGAGCCCAUCGCCAAGUGGUGCAACAUCCAGACCGCUGAAGAUGAGCAUGAGGAACUUUCAACAUCUCAGAAGAGUGGAGGAAAUCUACUUAAAAUGCUGUAUGAUAAACCCACGAGAUGGGCUUACACAUUCCAAACUUAUGCUUGCAUGAGCCGUGUAAGAGCACAAUUAAAACCUGUCUCAGCUAAGCUACGUGAAGCAGAACAUCCAGUGCAAUUUUUUGAGAGAUCUGUAUACAGUGACAGAUAUGUAUUUGCUUCUAACCUGUUUGAGUCUGGAAAUAUUAAUGAAACAGAGUGGGCUGUUUAUCAGGAUUGGCACACAUGGAUUCUGACCCAGUUUGAAUCAGACAUAGAACUGGAUGGCAUGAUCUACCUAAGAACCACACCUGAGAAAUGCAUGGAAAGGCUACAGCUGAGGGGUAGAGAAGAGGAGCAAGGAAUUGAACUUGAGUAUUUGGAAAACCUCCACUAUAAACACGAAGCCUGGCUUCACGAAAGGACUAUGAGAGUUGAUUUUGAGAACCUUAGAGAUAUUCCCAUUCUGGUUUUGGAUGUUAGUGAAGAUUUCAAGAAUGACAAGAUUAAACAAGAGUACCUGAUUGGGAAGGUAAGUAUUAAAUAG